AUGGCUUUGGGUGGGGAUGAGAGCAGGACUGCAGCCUCAGUAGUGCGGCGAAAAGAGAACCAGUGCAGACCCCUGACGGCCCACCAGGCAAUUGUCUUACCUGGCAAGCGAAGGACUGAAACAUCAAUUGGUGAGAAUGCUAGUGUAAAUACAUCGAGAUUGCAAGAUACGGUAGAUACGACCAGUUACUGGCCGCCAGGUCCUUACGCAAUACCAAUGUCACGGUAUGGUUGCCCUGAAUCGUCUAUACAUGGAUGGCAAGACAGUUAUCUCAUACUUACAUGGCAGGAUCCACAAGAUGGAUAUGUACACAUCAGUCCACAGUCAGAUGCAAUGCCCUUUGAAACCAUAGUCAGUACUACGAAUGAAUCAUUUUACCAUUUGUCUGACAGACAUAUAUUCGGGCCAGCGAAACCAUUUACAUUUAAAAUGAACUUUUGCUUCAAGUAUAGGAGCAAUACUUCACUAGAUGUUGGGGUAUGGCCUGACGGGAAUUAUAGUAUUUAUUCAGCAAAGGCUGCGUGUCCACAAGGAUUUGAGAUAUAUACGUCAAAUAUUUCUAUUCCAAAUACUUCCAAAUGGACAUCUGAGGGAUAUUCACCUGACUUCCAAAUAUUAAACAAUGAUACGGAAGAGCAAAAGACUCAUAACUCAUGA